GUUUGGAGCCGUUCUCCUUGUGGCCCGUCCCAAGUCAACGAACGCAUUCAUCAUCCAUCCACAUCCACAUCUGCUUUAUUAUCAUCCUCGCCGAAUCACUUCAUUUCUAACCGAGUGAGGUUUAGAACAUACUACCAAGUCAGACCUGUCCCCUGCUCCGUCUCGGUAUCUACAUAUCCCUGCACAUAAAAAGUCAUGGUCUCAUUUCGUGCGGGCGCCUCUGCCGUCUUGGCCACAGCGCUCGUUGCCCUCUCCUCUCUACCAUCAUUUGGAACCGCCUUCUAUAUCCCAGGCAUUAGUCCAACAGUCUUUCACGAGGGGGACCGUGUACCCUUAUAUGUGAAUAAGAUCUUUUCAGAAAAGUCGCCUUUGCCAUACGCCUAUGCAGACCUGCCGUUUGUGUGUCCCCCACCGAAGGAUGCAAAGAAGGCAUGGCUCAACCUGGGCGAGGUCCUAAGAGGCGAUCGUAUCUCGACAUCAGACUAUGAGUUGGUUGUUGGUCGAGAUAUCGAUUGCAAGACUCUAUGCACAAAGCGCGUGUCGACCGAGGACGCGGCUCUUGCAAGGGACUUCAUUGCGAACGACUACAGCGUGGAAUGGAUCGUGGACAACUUGCCUGGGGCAACGCGAUAUAAUCUAGGAGAUGGCCGGGCUAUCAAGCAGUGGCGGUAUAGAGCAGGUUUUCCUUUAGGCAAGGUCAAGUGGUCGAAAAGUAACAUUCACAAUCAUGUUACGAUCCGCAUCCUCUAUCAGAGUCAACCAGGCCCAUCCGGCGGAAAGCUGAUUGUUGGCUUUGAGGUAUCUCCAUACUCAAUCGAUCAAGGGGACAAUGACUCUUGCCCUAAGGAUCCUCUCAAAGUUGGAGCUUUCCAGACAGUCUCGGAUAAGGAAGUGGAUAUUCAGUACACAUACUCUGUACAAUGGAUCGAGGACAAAGAAGUGACCUGGAACAACCGCUGGAACCUGUACCUUAUCAACACCGAUAUUCAGAUCCAUUGGUAUUCGAUCGUCAAUUCGAUCGUCAUCAUGGUGUUCCUGGCAGGACUGGUUGCCCUCAUCAUGAUGAGGUCGCUGAGGAAGGACAUUGCAAUCUACAACGAGGAGGAGAUGAAAGAUGAUCAGGAUGAUGGUUCGGGUUGGAAGCUAGUUCAUGGUGAUGUAUUCAGAACGCCGAAAUACUCUUCCUUACUCUGCGCUAUCCUUGGAUCAGGAGUGCAGGUCCUUGUCAUGGCCUUCACUACCAUCAUCUUUGCCCUCCUAGGAAUUUUGAACCCAUCUUACAGAGGCGGAUUUGUGUCAUUCGGAUUGUUUCUCUUUGUGUUCGCUGGUGCAUUUGCAGGAUACUAUUCAGCUCGUCUCUAUAAGGUCUUCCGUGGAACGUCCUGGACCAAAAAUGCCAUCGUGACAGCGACAUUGGUGCCUGGUUUUUUGAUGACCCUCGUCUUCAUGCUCAACUUGUUUGUCUGGUCCAAAAACUCGUCGAAUGCCAUCCCAUUUGGAACGUUCUUUGCUCUGGCGGUGAUGUGGUUCGGCAUCUCACUCCCUCUCUCUCUCAUUGGAGCCUUCUUCGGACAACGCAAGGCAGUUAUCGAGCACCCUGGACGGACUAACCAGAUCCCACGCCAGAUUCCCGAGCCCGUGCGAUUCGUGCGCCCUCGAUACUCGAUCGUAAUGGGUGCUAUUUUGCCUUUUGCCGUGAUCUUCAUCGAGCUUUUCUACAUUCUUAAGUCAAUCUGGGAAGGCCAGUACUACUACAUGUUCGGAUUUCUGAGCCUGGUCUUUGUGAUUCUGCUGAUCACUUGUGUUGAGGUCUCUGUCGUCAUCACCUAUAUCCAGCUUUGCGAAGAGGACUACAAUUGGUGGUGGCGGAGUUUUUUUGUGCCAUCAUUCUCGGCAGUCUAUAUCUUUUUGUACAGCAUGGUCUUCUUUAUGAAGCAGCUCUCGAUUGACCACUUUGUACCAGGACUGAUUUAUUUCACCAACAGUCUAAUGAUCUGCAUCAUCUAUGCACUCUUGACGGGUACGACUGGCUUCAUCAGCGCGUACUGGUUUGUCCGAAGAAUCUACUCCGCUGUCAAAAUCGAUUAGCAUAUUACGGGCAAGGAGCGAGAGGUUGAAAGAAUAGGCUAUGGUCGAGGCCGCGUACGGUGCUGUACUCUUCUGGGGAAAUAAGAUAUUGCUUUUAAUUGUUAUCAUCCGAAUAUACAUUGUCAAAGCGCUAUGACAAAGGCCAAAGUUUUCUAUGAGGCUGGGCACGAGAGCCUUCGGAUCAUAACAAAGGACCAUAAGAAAUUCAGCGGAUAGCAGGAUAGACUAUAUGACUAUAUGAGUAGGGAAAGGUAUUAAAGAAACCUCUAAUUGACAUAUCA